GCGGGGCCCCCGGGGCUGCGAUGGAGGUGCCUAACGUCAAGGACUUCCAGUGGAAGCGCCUGGCGCCGCUGCCCAGCCGCCGGGUUUACUGCUCCCUGCUGGAGAGCGGGGGGCAGGUCUAUGCCAUCGGGGGAUGUGACGACAACGGCAUCCCCAUGGACUGCUUUGAGGUCUCCUCCCCCGAGGCCGACCAGUGGACCGCCCUGCCCCCCCUGCCCACAGCCCGGGCCGGGGUGGCCGCCAUCGCCCUGGGGAAGCGGAUCAUGGUGAUCGGGGGUGUGGGCACCAGUCAGCUGCCCCUGAAGGUCGUGGAGAUGUACAACAUCGAUGAGGGCAAGUGGAAGAAGAGGAGCUUGCUGCGAGAGGCCGCCAUGGGCAUUUCUGUCACGGCCAAAGACUACCGAGUGUACGCGGCCGGCGGGAUGGGCCUGGACCUCCGUCCACACAAUCACCUCCAACACUAUGACAUGCUCAAGGACAUGUGGGUGUCACUAGCACCCAUGCCCACCCCGAGAUAUGCUGCCACCUCCUUCCUCCGAGGCUCCAAGAUCUAUGUGCUAGGGGGACGACAGUCCAAGUAUGCAGUCAAUGCCUUUGAGGUCUUUGACAUUGAGACUCGCUCCUGGACCAAGUUCCCCAACAUUCCCAGCAAGCGGGCCUUCUCUAGCUUUGUGACCCUGGAUGACCGCCUCUACAGCCUGGGGGGCCUGAGGCAGGGUCGGCUCUACCGGCAGCCCAAGUUCCUCCGGACCAUGGACGUGUUUGACAUGGAACAAGGGGGCUGGCUGAAGAUGGAACGCUCAUUCUUCCUCAAGAAGCGGCGGGCAGACUUUGUGGCCGGCUCUCUGAGCGGACGGGUCAUAGUGGCCGGAGGACUCGGGAACCAGCCCACGGUCCUGGAGACGGCAGAGGCAUUCCACCCGGGGAAGAACAAGUGGGAGGCGCUCCCCACCAUGCCCACACCCCGCUGUGCCUGCUCCAGCAUUGUCAUCAAGAACUGCCUCCUGGCCGUGGGGGGCGUCAGCCAGGGUCUGAGCGAUGCCGUGGAAGCCCUGUGCGUCUCCGACUCCUAGCUGCCCCGGGGCGUGGCGCCUCCGCCCCGGACCAGACCACUCCACUCUUGACAACAGACAUGGUCUCAUCAGAGCAGUUUGGGUGACUUCCCAGGGUGCCAGCUCCUGUCCGCAACUAGGGGGGUCAGGCCCUAGGGGCUCUGGGGGACCUCCCUCCACCUCCAAACUGUACCUAUCCCAGGAAACCGUCAAGAAGACACGCUGACUCCUUGAGCCUGCAGCUGGAGCCCAGCCCAGCUCUGAGGAGGCUCCUCCCCUCCUGCUCAGGCAGAGGAAGGCCUGGGAGUACCUGCCACCUCCCCUUCCUGUGAAUUCCGCCUCCCCCAGUGGCCAGGGCAGGAGGUGGGUGGGGCAGAAGACCGCGGCUAUCACUGUCCUCUCCCCAGCUCUGUGCUAGUUUGAGGGUCUCUUGGGAUGGAAAAUGGUGAGGGGUUGCAAGGACUCCCAAACCCGUCUUCUCUCCCAUGAUUCGCAUCCCUACCCUGUUUGGCGGUCAGCAGUGGGUCUGCCCUCGCCCUCAUCUGCUCAGCGAGUUGGCUUUGGAGCAGGGGCCGCUGAGCUGGAAGGGAAGUCAGGUUCAAAUGGACCAGUCCAGGUCAGCAGCCUCGGCCAGGAAGAUCCCAGGCCUCUCGGGUCCUUGAUGGGAAUGCAAUGAUGAGGAAGGAGCAGACACCCAGCCCAGGCUCUGCUUCCCGCUCCUCUCCUCACUCACUUUCUCCUUCCGCCACCCCUCCCUGGCCCUUUUGUCCCCAACGUUCCUGGAGAGUUUCUGUACAAAACCUUCUCGUGUACACUGUGGCAUCAAAAUCCACGAAGUCUGGAUUGACUACACCCGGGUUAACAGCAGCAGCACAAUGAUUAAAAUCUAUAUUCCUA